AGUUAUAGUAUCUAUGUUUAUGCUGAUAUAUACACGUUAGAUGUAAGACAUUCCGUUAAGCUAUAGACUACUCGAUCCAUUUCGAUUUGUCGUAUUACAGUUAAAUUAAAAGUACUAUUUUAGAUAAAAUUGUCAGCAGAAAUGUCUGCGUGGAGACAAGCAGGAUUAAAUUACAUUAAUUAUUCGCAAAUAGCUGCCAGAGUUGUUAGACAAGCUUUAAAAGCGGAUCUUCGAUCAGAAGCCUUAAAACGUGAUGAAGUAAACGUAAAGUUUACUCAAUGGAAAGAUGGUAAACCUGCUACUGAAAAGUAAUAAUAAUAAACAAAUAAACAUUUGUAAAGUUACAAUCAUGUAAAAUCCAUAAAUUAUAAUAUCACAGAUUGAUGGAGAAAUCGUCUGACUCUUCGAAUACACACACAGACACACACACACACACAUACAUAUAUGCAUCUUCUUACAUAUUUAUAUGAAAGAAGGAAGGGAUCUAAUAAAAUAGUAGAGAAUAUUUAUAUGUAGUAAUUCAAUAUUCUUAUGUGAAAUAAAAUAUCUUACAAUA